AUGAGCAAAGCAGCGCGAAACGCGGGUGCGCCUCUACCUCCUGCAACAGAAGUCCAACCAAAAGCACAGGCAGCGGCUGCGCCAGUACAACAACUACCACCAACACCGCCAGAGACAGACUUCGACAGUGACGAUAGCAAAUCCACAACAUCAACAGUGCCAACGGAGCUUGACGUCCCGCUACCUCCACGAUCACAAGAACAGCAAGUCUUGGAUGUCGAUAAGCCAACACCCGAUGCACAUGUCCCCAGAGACUCAAGACUGAUCCGUCUGACGGGUGUUCAUCCCUUCAACUGCGAGGGACCACUUAGCGAACUUUACAAUGAGGGCUUCUUGACAAGUCCGGACCUCUUUUACGUUCGAAAUCAUGGUGCGGUACCCGAAGUCCAGGACUCGGAAUGCCUGGACUGGGAAUUCUCGGUCGAAGGUCUUGUUCAGAAUCCCUUGAAGAUCACAUUGCGUGAUCUACUACAAGAGUAUGAGAACGUAACAUAUCCCAUCACACUCGUCUGUGCAGGUAACAGGCGAAAAGAGCAGAACCAAGUCAGGAAAAGUAAGGGUUUCUCAUGGGGUGCAGCUGGUGUGUCGACAGCACUGUUCACAGGUGUUGUCAUGAAGGAUAUCAUCGAGCGUGCAAAGCCUCUUCGCAAGGCAAAGUACGUUUGCAUGGAGGGUGCAGAUAAGCUCCCCAACGGUUACUAUGGCACAUCUGUGAAGCUGAACUGGGUUAUGGAUCCUAACAGGGCUAUCAUGCUCGCUCACAAGAUGAACGGCGAGCCUCUAACACCGGAUCAUGGAAAGCCUCUGCGCGCAGUCAUCCCUGGUCAAAUUGGCGGACGAAGUGUCAAGUGGAUCAAGAGACUUAUCGUUACGGCUGAGCCGAGCGACAAUUGGUACCACAUCUACGACAACAGAGUUCUGCCGACCAUGGUCGACCCAGACGAGUCGGCUAAGAAUCCGAAGUGGUGGAUGGAUGAACGCUAUGCGAUUUACGACCUGUCACCCAACGCCGCAACUGCCUUCCCUGCGCACGAGGAGAAACUAGACAUAGCAUCAGCCUCAGAAACUUACAAUGUCCGCGGAUACGCAUACAGCGGUGGCGGACGCCGAGUCACUCGCUGCGAAUUAUCCCUGGACAAAGGCAAGACAUGGCGCCUGGCCAACAUUGACUACGCAGAGGACCGAUACCGCGCAUACGAAGACAAGACCCUAUUCGGUGGACGACUCGACAUGGACUGGCGCGAGACAAGCUUCUGCUGGUGUUUCUGGAAUCUUGACAUCGCCACCUCCGAGCUUGCAGAUGCCAGCGACAUCCUCGUGCGCGCCAUGGACGAAGCUAUGUGCAUCAUGCCCCGUGACAUGUACUGGAGUGUUCUCGGAAUGAUGAAUAACCCCUGGUACCGCAUCGCCAUUCACAACUCGCAUGGCACUCUACGUUUCGAGCACCCUACUCAACCCGCACUGAUGCCCGGCGGCUGGAUGGAGCGCGUCAAGAAAGCGGGCGGCAACCUUACGAAUGGAAACUGGGGCGAGACCGUGGCCGGUGAGGAGCCGCAAUCUGCAGCCAUCGAGGAGGUCAAGGAGAUUAAAAUGACCAAAGACGACGUGGACAAGACCAUCGAGCUCGAUGAACUCAAAGCCCACGAAAGCCCCGAAGCACCGUGGUUCGUCGUCAACGGCGAGGUCUACGACGGCACUCCCUUCCUCGAAGGUCAUCCCGGCGGCGCACAAUCCAUCAUCAGCGCCGCCGCGCUCGACGCAACAGACGAGUUCAUGGCGAUCCACAGCGAAACGGCAAAAGCUAUGAUGCCCGAAUACCACAUCGGCACUCUAUCCCCCUCCGCUUUUAAAACCCUGCAAGCUGGCGAGCCCAUACCCGAGUCCUCCUUGCCCCGCCCCGUGUUCCUCGAUGCCCGCGUGUGGCAAAAAGCCCUGCUGCAGUCCAAACGCACCGUCUCAAGUGACUGCCGCAUCUUCACCUUCAAACUCGACUUCGACACACAGGCGCUCGGCCUGCCGACAGGCCAGCACCUGAUGUUGCGACUACGCGACCCCGUGACGCGCGAAGCAAUCAUUCGGUCCUACACGCCUCUGUCUGAGACCAGCAAGAAAGGCUACCUGGAUGUGCUGAUCAAGAUCUACCCCGACGUGCCCGCGACGCCAGACCGACCGGCGCAAGAGGGCGGCCGCAUGACGAAGGCACUGGACAGUAUUCCCACGGGCCAUUGGGUCGAUGUCAAGGGCCCGAUUGGCAAAUUCGAGUAUCUGGGCCAGGGGAAGUGUGUGAUCAACAGCAAACCUCGGACUGUGCGGAGGUUCAUCAUGGUGUGCGGCGGGAGCGGGAUUACGCCUAUUUUCCAGGUGCUCCGCACGGUCAUGAAGGAUAAGCAGGAUCGCACGCAUUGCACGCUGCUCAACGGCAACCGCUUCAUCGAGGACAUCCUAUGCAAGGAAGACUUGGAUACCUGGCAGCAGCAAAAUGAGGAUAGGCUGAGCAUCUUGUAUACGCUCACGCAGGGCCCGGAGGAUUGGACGGGUCUGCGGGGACGCAUUGCCGGGCCGCUACUUGAGAAGCAUUGUCAGAGGGAUGAGGGCACGAUGGUGCUGGUUUGUGGACCCGAGGCGUUGGAAAAGAGUGUCAAGAGCUGGCUGCUGGGGACUGGGUGGGCGGAGGAGGAUUUGUUGUUCUUCUAG